UUUCAGGCACGUCGGUGCAUGUCUGAGGAGGAGAGGCGGGGAAAUCUCGCUCGUCAUUGGUCAAAUCUAACGUCAUAUUCACUUCCACAUUGGAGGACGAUGAUGUAGCUUCUAUUUUUAGAACAGGCGCAAAGGUUAUAUAUUGGCGAACGCUGCCGGAGAGCGCACAGAGCUCCUGGGCUCAAGCUUUGGAAGUUGUAUACGAGCUGACUCGCGAGUCCUUUAAGAUUGCCCCUCUGAAAACUAUAAAGAAUUAUUCGAUUUGUCUAAAGCAGAACCAUUUAGUCGUGUAACAUACAGUUGCAUCGUUUGUAUUGCGCAUAGAAAAUCUCUUUGAGUGUGAAUCUCUAUAAUAUCACUGGAAAUAUAAUCCUAUCACAUCGAAGGGAAGGUGAGUUUUAUGCAAUGAAGCCUGAUUAUUGUUUUUAUUUCUAACUAUAUAAAAGUGCACACUGGAAUGUUCGAUGUACCUAAUUGUAGGAAAUUGUAAGGUGAAGUGGACUUUAUUUGGAACAAGUUUAGUACCUGUACUCACGACUAAUAUUUCUUUUGUAAUUAUCUGUUAAAUGUUUAGUUGGGUGGUAGGAUUUACAAUCCUUGUUGCUCUGAAUACAAUUGAAAUGCUUGCAAAAUAAACUGUUUCAUGCUGUAGCAUAUUGCGCAAUGUUGCGCAAUGUUGAAUUAGCCAAUAUGGCUGCCACCUGUUCUGUGCAAUUUUUUUCCUUGAGUGUAUAAUUUGAUAUAUUAUUACUUGAACUUAUAAUCAUCCAAGUAUGUAAAAUACAUAUUUUUGGGCUACAAAACUUAUUUUAUUUUUAAUUUAUUAAGUUUAUUAAUUUUCUUUUGUGUCCUACUUGCAAAAGCUAAAGUCCAAUUUUAAAAUAAUACUAAAUGAAAACUUUUGAUUAGAGAGUAGAAUCUCCGACAAUGAUGGGCAAAGUAAUUUGAAACACUGGGGAAGAGUGUUUAAUUUUACAUCCCUGUUGGGUUCCAAUUCCUAGUAAAAUGAUAGCAAAUUACUUAGUGUAUAGUUGGAUAUUAUGGGAAGUGGACUCCAGAACCAGUAAUACAGAAUAGUUGCUAUAGAAUUUCCGUAAGAUUUAUACUUUUUUUUUGUCUGGGUAAAUAAUGUGAUUUGCAGCUUUAAUUGACAACUUGUGAUAUUGCUGAGGAAGAGUGUUAAUUAUCUUUGCUUAUGUUGCAGGUUGAGAGAAGCUCAACAAUCCCUUUGAACAGGGUUCAUUUAGUCGCCAACAUUUCUAUUUCAAGACACGGUGAAUUAACUUCCCGUGCAUCAUGUCCCCUGCGAAGGUCAACACCCUCUGCCGAGAACUGCAAGCUGAACAUAGCCACUUCAAAAGCAGGUGGUGCAAACAAUCCUCUCCUAUCAGACAGGACACUGACUUCAAGUUUGUCCCAGUGGGGCUUAACUUCAGGUGGAGAUUACGAGGCACCUCCAGCAUUCGACAACUCUCCAGAAAUUCCAUUGAUAAGUCCAGGACCCAGUUCUGUCAUGGAAUCGACAAGUAUGUGGGAAGAAAAUUUUCAGGAUCUUUCAUUGUACUGCCAAGAUCCCAAACUGCCCAAUUUGACCAAAGGCAUGGCGACUGGCGCAGGAAGCAUAAUUGGACCACUAGACGAUGAACUGAACACUCCUGAAAUUGGUUAUGAAGAAUUCAAUUUUGACUCUUGGUCAAAAUCAGAGUCUGUUGAAGAUCAUUAUCUAUUUGAAGAAAAUGCUUUUGGGAAGAUAGGAGGUGGUCACUGUGAAGAAGAAAGUUUGUUUUCUGAUCAACAAAAUCCAAAUGACCUUCCUGAUGAAAGAAACAUGGGGUUAAUGCACCUAGAUUAUAACCCAGGAGAUUCUGUUAUUCAUGAACAAACUGAAUCCUUUACUUCUCGAGUAGAUGUUUCAAAUGAACCUAUGAGCACUGAUGUGGGAAAUGAUGUGAAAGUGGAGAUGUCUGACAGUACAUCAAUCAAUGAGAGGAUGGAAACUGUGGAAUUGUUCUCAUUAAAUACAGAAGUCUCGAACAAUUCCUCAAUUGCAGAAAUUAUGGUUGUUGAGGAUACACCUCUUACCCAGAGUGGUCGAAUGCCAACAAAGUUAUCCUUGCCAUUGACAACCUUUGAAAAUCCUGUUGCACUGAAUACACCUGAUGUUAUUGAAAGGCUGGAUACUCAACCUGGAUUUGAUUUAGUUCAAUAUGUUUUAGAGGACAAUGUCAAUGGAAGAGGUACAUGUGAAGUGCCACAAAAUCAAUCUGCUGCUGCUGAUUCACUGUCAGUUUCCCAUGACACUGAUACCUCUCUCAAAGAAGAGUUCACAGUUGAAGACCCUACAUCAGAAAGUACUUUAACAUCUGUUCAAGAAGAUUUGUCUUGUAAGCCUCAUUUUGUUGUUGUACCUUCAGCUGAGUAUUCUCCAGUUCGCAUCUGCAUUAAAAAGGAUCCAGACACACACUCGAAGCCAUCUUGCAGUUCCCAGAAAAGGAAACACAGAGUGAAGAAAUUAGUAGUAGUUGAUGAAUCGGCCAGUUCAGAUGAUGACGAUGACGACGAAUAUAGUCCACCAGUCAAAGUAAAAAAACGUACUGCUUCUUGUUCAAAGACUACUAAUGAGUGCUCACGCUAUAGGGAAUUGAGAGAUCGAAAUAACGAAGCAUCUAGAAAAUCUCGACAGAACAGGAAGGCAAGAGAAGAAGAGAUGAAGGUCCAAGCUGCUCAGUUAGAAGUUGAGAAUCAGAGACUGAAAAUCAGAGCUGAGGAGUUAGAAAAGUUGGUUGACACUUUACGUAAAGCCUUGUUGACGGCAAUGGUGAAAGGAAAAUAACUAUUAUAGUUAAAUGAUUUUGGAGUACUAUGAUUUGUUAAUGAGUGGUAAUGGAUACAUGUUUUAUAUUGCAGCAGUAGAUUAGCAUUUUAAGCAGUGGUAUUGUUACACAAGAUAUUGUUUUGUUUUACGUAUUAGGAGUGUUUAAACUAACCAACUGUCCUGACAAUUAUACUUGAUUAGAAGAACUUGCUGCUAAGCAACUUCCUUAUUUCAUGCUGUUAUAAUUAUAUAUUCUUCAAAAGAAACAUUAAUUUAUAAGAAAAUGCUUUUACUUCCUUUUAUUCGCUGCCCAACUUCAGUGAAUGUUAAUAUAAUGCAUUCUAAUUUGGUUGUAGAUUUGUCAUGAAUUUCUCAUAGGACUUCUUGGCAUCUAUUUGAAAUUGUUUGUAGUAGUCUUCGCAAAUGAAAGAGAACACAAAUCAUUGCAGUAAAUAUUUAGUAUAUUGAAAUUAUUUUUAACAUAUGCUGUAAUCACCAUUUGAAAUUAUUUUUCAAUUCAAGUUUUAUGUUAAUUACAUAUAAAAAUGACUACAUAUAGUCUUCUGUAUUCAAAAAGAUUAUUACAUGUUUUUGUUAUAAUCAAGUAUGAAAAUAAAAAUGGUAACUUCUACAAUAUAUUUUUUGUGUUAGCUUCUUGAUUAAUUUCAUUAUGUUAUUGGCAAUCCUGAGCACACACAGUGUAAUUGUAUUAUGUCUAAUUUGUACAUACAUUCACUUACCAAAUGUAAAGCAAUUUUUAUAAGAUAAGACUAGUGACAUCUAGUGCUGGCAACAUAACUUAUGGUUCUGUGGUCAUCCUUGAGACCGUUCUACUAUUAUUACUUAGUUAGCACUUGGAUAACUCGUAAAUGACAAACUUUUUUUUUGUAAUAAACAUUGAGUACACGUUAGUAUGAUGAGUUUUGUUUAUUUUAAAACGGUCUUGAAUGUCAGAUGCAUGCUGGUGCACAGGUUUUCUACUCUUCUGUGGUAAUGUGGCGAGCUGUGAUAUAGAGCAUUCUGUGCUUUGCAUUUAUCAAUUUACUUUUUAUGUAAUAGCAGUUGUGAUCCAUGAGAAGACAUGAUGUGUUAAUGGGAGCUAUAAACAAACUACAAAGAGGUGGCUGAUCAGCUGUCACAGCUGAGGGAUACUUUUGUGAAGUACAUAUGAUGUUCACUGUUUAGCGAACUGUCAUUUCAGAACCUUCUUAGGCUGACUCUUCUAUAGCUUUUACCACAAUUCAUCCAUCAUGAAAUAAAAAAGGGAGAGGGACAAUGGAUUGGCAUUACUCUCUAAUGAGAUAAAUUUUCAAAGCAAUUGAAUUAACUACUGUAUUACAUCAAUGUAUACAAAUAAAUUUACAUAGGUACUCUUCAAUUUUAUCUUGAAAGCCUUGAGGUGAGUAUCAAGAAUUCCACGAAAAAUGCCGUGUGUACAUCAGUGGUUUAUAUUUGUAUCUUUCAACCUCAUCUCCAAGAAGUUGCCCGAUAGUUUUUUUCAUACAGGUAGGCUAAACUUAGUAUAAUCCAAACCUGCUCUAAAAAUCAUUGCAGUCUUGCUUUGUAUUGACUGAUUUUGUUUGGUGUAAAGAAUUCAUUACACGAAAAUGCAGCUAUUAUCAAUAAAUUUAUCUUUUGAUGGUAAAUCAAACUAAAUUCCUAGUUUCAUUGUCCUUUAAUGAUUUUAACACAUCCAUAACAAUUAUCCACAUCAAUAUUUAGAUUGUAGUGCUUCAUUAUAAUUCUUCGGGUUUUCUUUUUGUAACAUUGCUGGUGGGUCAUUGAUAACUGAAUUUAAUCUUGUAAUGUUAUCAAUUAACUGUCUCUGCCUCGAAAUUAUAUUUAAUUUUCAACAUUACCUUGACAUUUCUUUAUUACUAGUUUGAUUUUGAUUGAUGACAUUUUCUUGUUGACCUUAAAUAAUAAUCCUGUAUUGAUUUUAUUGAGGUUUUCUAGAAUACUUUUCCACUGAAUUAUUUUUUUUUGAUUUCAGUAUGAUACACAAAUUUCCAUUUAUGCCUUUCAAUUAAACAUCUAAUAAAUGGGAAUACCAAUCUUCACUGGUUGCUGUAAAAUAUCCUAUCUGUAGAAAUCCAUAGAAAUCUUCAUUCUUCCCCUGUAAUGAAGCAACAGCUUGUGGAAUUCUGGAUUUGUGGUCAUGAUCUCCAUUCUUAAUGAUUUGCUCCAUGCAUUUUUGUUCAACCUUUUAAAUUGAAAAUAAAUUGCACGUUCUAUCAAGACAUCUUCAAAAUAAUGAUCUGUUCGUGUUUCUCUGUCCAAUAUCUAUUCAUCUUCCCAGCCCAAUAAAACAGCUUCAAUUUGCU